GACAUGUGCAAACGAUUUGUACUACCCAGGGACCUCUCAGACAGAGAGAGCUGGUUUAUUUACCUCCAGUCAUAUACUCAUGUUGUGGUCCAUGGUGCCCACCAAGCUAUACUUAACCUUCUCCCCUUUUGCUUUCUCAACAGACAAAGAUGUGAGCAGUGGGAAAUAUAACCUUUCCUCUGCAACCACUAGCAGCUACUACAGUUGUGUCAGCCAGAUCACCAUAGGUUAUGACAUUGCUGGGCCUGUUGCAAUAGGGCUCACCCACUGGAAAAAUCCAUAUGCACAAGGAAGACCCACCCUUCCAUCAGAUCUGCCUCUCUUCAUCUCCAAAGAUGUAGGCAUCCCCGUGUAUCACCGGUCCUUCACCUGGAAGACUGACCUGGCGGCUACACCUUUGUCUUGCCCAGCCUCGCUGUCCAUCACUCCAGUGCCUUCUUACAGCAGCAGCAGCCAGGAAACCCUGAGUCAAGACACAACAGGUUUAAGUUUAUCUAUUCAUGGGGCUGAAAAGCGUUUGCAAAUCCAUCAACGGCGAAGUGUGGGAAGCCGCCCAGGGUCACGCCGCCUCCCCGUGGUCAGGCAUUCCUCACUUCCACCAGGCAGAAGGUCAAUAAAAAUGGAGGCAAGCUCUUCUGGAAUCACUAGUGGGAAAACCAAAAUCUUCCACCCAGAAGGAGGUGUGGAUUUGCAAGGCUACCAGCUGGAUAUGCAAAUACUACCUGACGGCCCAAAGAGUGAUGUGGACUUUUCAGAGAUUCUUAAUGCAAUACAAGAAAUGGCCAAGGAUGUCAAUAUUCUUUUUGAUGAAUUGGAAGCUGUCAACAGCCCUUGCAAAGAUGAUGAUUCUCUCCUGCACCCUGGGAACCUGACCAGUACUUCAGAUGAUGCCAGCAGAUUGGAGGCAGGGGGAGAGACAGGACCGGAAAGAAACAAGUCAAAUGGACUGUAUUUUAGAGAUGGAAAGUGUCGAAUUGACUACAUUCUUGUGUACAGAAAAUCCAACCCCCAGACUGAAAAGAGAGAAAUAUUUGAAAGAAAUAUCAGAGCAGAAGGAUUACAAAUGGAGAAAGAGUCCUCUCUAAUAAAUAGUGACAUUAUCUUUGUGAAGUUACAUGCCCCAUGGGAAGUCCUGGGAAGAUAUGCAGAACAAAUGAAUGUAAGAAUGCCUUUCAGGAGAAAAAUCUAUUACCUGCCCCACCGGUACAAGUUCAUGAGCAGGAUCGAUAAACAAAUAAGCAGGUUUCGGAGAUGGUUACCUAAGAAGCCAAUGAGGCUGGACAAGGAGACACUGCCAGACCUGGAGGAGAAUGACUGCUACACUGCCCCUUUCAGCCAGCAAAGGAUCCAUCACUUCAUCAUACACAACAAAGACACUUUCUUCAACAAUGCCACAAGAAGUAGAAUUGUGCACCAUAUUUUACAAAGAAUAAAGUAUGAAGAAGGAAAAAACAAAAUUGGUCUGAAUCGUUUGCUUACCAACGGCUCCUAUGAAGCUGCGUUUCCCCUGCACGAGGGAAGCUACAGAAGUAAAAACUCUAUUAGAACCCAUGGAGCAGAAAACCACCGACAUCUGCUAUAUGAGUGCUGGGCCUCCUGGGGUGUGUGGUAUAAAUACCAGCCUUUGGAUCUUGUAAGGCGGUACUUUGGAGAGAAGAUUGGGUUGUAUUUUGCCUGGUUGGGCUGGUACACCGGUAUGCUCUUCCCAGCGGCCUUCAUUGGACUAUUUGUCUUUUUGUAUGGAGUCACCACUCUAGAUCACUGCCAAGUCAGUAAAGAAGUCUGCCAAGCUACAGAUAUCAUCAUGUGUCCUGUGUGUGAUAAAUACUGUCCAUUCAUGAGGCUGUCAGACAGCUGCGUUUAUGCCAAGGUAACCCACCUUUUUGACAACGGAGCCACUGUCUUCUUUGCUGUUUUCAUGGCUGUGUGGGCAACGGUUUUCCUAGAGUUUUGGAAAAGGCGGAGAGCAGUAAUUGCUUACGACUGGGAUUUGAUAGACUGGGAAGAAGAGGAGGAAGAAAUACGGCCACAGUUUGAAGCCAAGUAUUCCAAGAAAGAGCGGAUGAAUCCCAUCUCGGGAAAGCCAGAACCUUAUCAAGCAUUUGCAGAUAAAUGCAGCAGACUCAUCGUUUCGGCAUCUGGAAUAUUUUUUAUGAUCUGCGUGGUGAUCGCUGCCGUGUUUGGGAUCGUCAUCUACCGGGUGGUGACUGUCAGCACUUUCGCUGCCUUUAAGUGGGCGUUAAUCAGGAAUAACUCUCAGGUUGCAACCACAGGGACUGCUGUGUGCAUCAACUUUUGUAUCAUUAUGUUGCUGAACGUGCUCUAUGAAAAAGUUGCACUUCUUCUGACAAAUUUAGAACAGCCUCGCACAGAACCUGAGUGGGAGAACAGCUUCACCCUGAAAAUGUUUCUUUUUCAGUUUGUCAAUCUGAACAGCUCCACAUUUUACAUCGCAUUCUUCCUUGGAAGAUUUACAGGACACCCAGGUGCCUACUUGAGGCUGAUAAACAGGUGGAGGCUAGAAGAGUGCCACCCUAGUGGAUGCCUUAUUGAUCUCUGUAUGCAAAUGGGUAUUAUAAUGGUGCUAAAGCAGACCUGGAAUAAUUUCAUGGAACUUGGCUACCCGCUAAUUCAGAAUUGGUGGACUAGAAGGAAAGUGCGACAAGAACACGGCCCGGAAAGGAAAAUAAGUUUCCCACAAUGGGAAAAGGACUACAACCUUCAGCCGAUGAAUGCCUACGGACUCUUCGAUGAAUACUUAGAAAUGAUUCUUCAGUUUGGAUUCACAACUAUCUUCGUGGCAGCUUUUCCCCUAGCACCACUUCUGGCCUUACUGAAUAACAUAAUUGAAAUUCGACUUGAUGCUUACAAAUUUGUCACACAGUGGAGGCGACCUUUAGCUUCAAGGGCCAAAGAUAUAGGAAUUUGGUAUGGAAUUCUUGAAGGCAUUGGAAUCCUCUCUGUUAUUACAAACGCAUUUGUCAUAGCGAUAACAUCUGACUUUAUCCCUCGCCUGGUGUAUGCUUAUAAGUAUGGACCUUGUGCAGGCCAAGGAGAAGCCGGGCAAAAGUGUAUGGUUGGCUACGUGAAUGCCAGCUUGUCUGUGUUUCGAAUUUCUGACUUUGAAAACCGAUCUGAGCCUGAGUCUGACGGCAGCGAGUUCUCGGGGACUCCUCUCAAGUACUGCAGAUACCGGGACUACCGAGACCCUCCUCACUCACUGGUGCCCUAUGGCUAUACACUGCAGUUCUGGCACGUCCUAGCAGCUCGAUUGGCUUUUAUCAUUGUGUUUGAGCACCUCGUGUUUUGUAUAAAGCACCUCAUUUCAUAUCUGAUCCCAGACCUCCCAAAAGAUCUAAGGGAUCGAAUGAGAAGAGAGAAGUACUUGAUUCAGGAGAUGAUGUAUGAAGCUGAACUGGAGCGUCUCCAGAAGGAACGAAAAGAACGGAAGAAAAAUGGAAAAGCACACCACAACGAGUGGCCAUGACCAGGUAAUAGGUCAUUUCCUGGCCAAGGACCUGAAUUCUGUUUAAUUCCCCAGGCUGUGCAAAAGCACAUUCAAGUGAAUGACUAAACAUGCAACUGCAGUGCAUGUCGCAGACCUCGGCAGCGGCGGGAGGGCCAGCACCCCGGAGAGGACUGCCCGGGGAAUCACGCUGCGGUCCAGCACACAAUUGCUAUCUAUCCGUAGACCGUUCUUGACCAAGCACGCAUGCACAUCAUGGGCAGUUCCAUACUCCAGUUUUUAAAACCAAGGGGAACUUGUAUACUGGGCCUGUUUUUCAGCCUGUUUGCUACCUUUUUUGCAUUCUGUCCCAUGUGAAUUUUACAGACACUGGGCUAAAAAGAGUAUUCGGACAUUGGGACACACAUUUCUAGAAUGUCAUCAUAUGGUCCUAAUUCCAUUUCACCAAACGACACAAACAAGACCCUGUUUACAACUUUUUCUUUCUUUUGUUUUUAAUUUCAGAUCUUUCUGAGGAGAUUAUUAUAUAUGUUGUAUCUAUAGCUAUGUGUAUGGCCAUAGAUGUAUUUUUGUGUGUACAUAUGUAUAGCCAUGUAUUCUUACAUAUGUACAGACAAAUAUAGAGAUAUAUGAAGUAAAUACAGAUUCCUUACUUGUAAAUAGCCUAAAGGUACUGACAUGAAUGAUGGAUUUUCACAUCUAGUCAUCAACAUGAAGCCAUGUUUAAUGCUUGUAUAAUGUGAUGCAAUAAAAUUUAAAAUAAAUUUAUGCACAUGGAAUAUUUUCAGCUGGGUCUUCUGAAAUUCUGUUGUAUUUUUCUUCACAAAGAAUACAAAGAAUCAUAGCAGAAUGGGAUUUUCCAUGAAAGUUCUAUCACACCCACAACAUUCCUGAGAAAUCACUUGAC